GCUGAGACAGCGUGCGGUGCACGCGAAGUUGGGCAAAGUGCGGUGGUGACACCUCUCUCUCUCUCUCUCUCUCUCUGCAAACGCAACCUCCACGCCACCGUUGAUGACGCAUCACUCCCACUUCUUUCUCCUCUUCUGGAGUGAGAAACCUCUAUACUUUUAGAGAGAGAAAAUCAAAUCACCUUUCUCUGUUUGUUCGAGACUCAGAUACAUACACACACACACAUAUAUAUAUAUAUAGUAGGAAACAGUCAAAUUGUAUUUGUAUGUCACUUUCUGGGUUUUUCUGAUCACUUUAUCUUUUGUGGGUUUUUGUUUUUGGGUUUGGGCUUGAAGAUUUUUGAUUGUUGAAUUGAGAGAGAGAGAGAGAGAGUGAGGGGUUAAGAGUGAUUGUUGUUGUUUUUGUUGAAUUUUGUUGGAUGGGAAUUGGGUAUAGAGGAAGGGACUAUGAGGAAAUCAUUCAAGGAUUCUCUCAAGGCGCUUGAAGCUGAUAUUCAGCAUGCCAAUACCAUGGCUUCUGAUUAUCCGAGGGGAUAUGAUGGUGCCUGCUUGCAGAUGAGAUUAUCGUACAGUCCUUGUGCUCAAAUGUUCCUCUUUCUUGUUCAAUGGACUGAUUGUCACCUAGCUGGUGCUCUUGGAUUGCUUAGAAUACUCAUUUAUAAGGCUUACGAUAAUGGAAAGACUACCAUGUCUAUUCAUGAAAGGAGAGCCAGCAUAAGAGAGUUUUAUGGCAUAAUAUUUCCCUCUUUAUUGCAACUUCAAAGAGGAAUCACCGAUGUUGAAGAUAGGAAACAGAGAGAGAUCUGUGCAGCUAAGUACAGUAGAAGAGAUAAGAUGAACAAGGGUAAGAUUUCUGAAAUUGAUAUAGAGAGAGAAGAAGAAUGUGGUAUUUGUAUGGAGAUAAACACCAAGGUUGUCUUGCCCAAAUGCAGUCAUUCUAUGUGCAUGAAGUGCUACCGAAAUUGGCGUAAUCGGUCUCAGUCAUGCCCCUUCUGUCGGGAUAGCCUUAAAAGAGUGGACUCGGGCGACCUUUGGAUGUACACCGCCAGCUGUGAAGUUGUGGACUUGCCAUCAAUUGCCAAAGAAAAUUUCAAGAGGCUUAUAAUGUACAUUGAGAAGUUGCCUCUUAUCCUUCCCGAUCCGAUUCUCGUUUCUUAUGAUCCUCGUUACCGGUGAUGAGGGCAUCUUCAGAAGAUGGAACUUCUGUACAUAGAUUGGUUUGUUUUUUUGUAUAUAAUUUUGUGUUUGUUCUUUGUUAGUCAGUCAUUGAUUGAAAUUUUAUAUAAUGGUUGGCCAUUGUCAGAGGAUCUUAACAUGGUUAGUUUGGAAUUUUAUUUAUUUGAUUUUGAAUAAUAGGAUACAAUUCAUUAUUGCCACCACUUGUUUUUCUAUGUGAUCUGUGGCUUCUUGUGAAGACUGUAUAGUGUAUAUACUGAGUUUGCUUUCUGUAAAGACUGUUUUUGUGAAGUUGUUCAUCAAUCUUUUUUAUUGA